CCCUCACAACUUUUCUUCAUCUACACAGCCUUCAAUCUUCAUACGCACAACUCCAUACUUUCAUACAGAAUUUAGAGAUGGAGAGCAAAGAUUUACUGUACUGCGCAAUAACUGCCGUGCUCGGAAUAAUAUCGGCAGCCAUGGGUUUUGCAGGGGAGGUCACUAGGGUUAAGGUUACUGAAAUUUAUAUCGUGGACGAUACAUGCGUUUAUCCAAGUAGUCCAGCUCUCGCCCUUGGAAUCGUAGCAGCCGUGUUCGCGAUCAUUGCACGAAUUUACAUAAGUGUUUCGUUUGGCGGGUCUGGUUGUUGUCGAAGUGGUCCUAAUUCGACCCCAAUUUCAAAACUGUUUUUUGUACUCUCAUGGGUAGCUUCAGUGGGGGCCGUACUUUUACUGUUGGCAGCUGCAGGGCUGAAUCAUAGAGAAGGAGGAGAGAUUGAUUCAUAUGGUUAUAUAACAUGUUACGUUCCAAAACCUGGAAUCUUUGCAGCAGGAGCUGUUUUAGCUCUUUUAAGUGCAGGUUUAGGAAUUGUUGCUUAUAUCGUCAUCUUAUCUUCAACUGCACAAAGGACCACACAUCCUUCGAUCGGAUUACCAGCAGCACAUGCCAAUGUUGAUGUAGAAAAAUAUCCUCAACAAUACACUCCUCAGCAAUACACUCAUCAACAAUAUCCUCCUCAGCAAUACACUCAUCAACAAUAUCCACCUCAGCAAUAUCCUCCUCAGCAAUACCCUACACACCAGUGAUUAAAAGAAAACAAAUGGGAAUAUUUGCAUCAGUCGGUUGAGUCGGACGAUCAAGACGAGAUAUAAAGAUCAUUUUACACACGUUUUCGAAUCUGUUGUUAGAUUGUUUACUUGAUGUAUUUGAGUAGAAUAUAUGUAAUUACAUA